CGUCACGUGGCCGCCAUCGCCUGUCACGUGGCCGCCGGCGCGGGUCACGAGAACAAACACGGGGGCGGCCGGCGCUUCCCGGCCGGUGUCGGUCCGCGGCGGGCCAUGGCCAACGUCUCUAAGAAGGUGUCGUGGUCCGGCCGGGACCGGGACGACGAGGAGGCGGCGCCGCUGCUGCGGAGGACGGCGCGGCCCGGCGGGGGGACGCCGCUGCUGAACGGGGCUGGGCCCGGGGCCGCGCGCCAGUCACCACAUGCUGCGCUUUUCCGAAUCGGACAGAUGAGCAAUGUGGAGCUGGAUGAUGAGCUUUUGGACCCGGAUAUGGAUCCUCCGCAUCCCUUCCCCAAGGAGAUCCCACACAACGAGAAGCUCCUGUCCCUCAAGUAUGAGAGCUUGGACUAUGACAACAGUGAGAACCAGCUGUUCCUGGAGGAGGAGCGGCGGAUCAACCACACGGCCUUCCGGACGGUGGAGAUCAAGCGCUGGGUCAUCUGCGCCCUCAUCGGCAUCCUCACGGGCCUCGUGGCCUGCUUCAUCGACAUCGUGGUGGAGAACCUGGCCGGCCUCAAGUACAGGGUCAUCAAGGGCAAUAUCGACAAGUUCACAGAGAAGGGCGGGCUGUCCUUCUCCCUGUUGCUGUGGGCGACGCUGAACGCCGCCUUCGUGCUGGUGGGCUCCGUGAUCGUGGCUUUCAUAGAGCCGGUGGCUGCUGGCAGUGGAAUCCCCCAGAUCAAGUGCUUCCUCAACGGGGUGAAGAUCCCCCAUGUGGUGCGGCUCAAGACGUUGGUGAUCAAAGUGUCCGGUGUGAUCCUGUCGGUGGUCGGGGGCCUGGCAGUGGGAAAGGAAGGGCCAAUGAUCCACUCCGGCUCAGUGAUCGCCGCCGGGAUCUCUCAGGGAAGGUCAACGUCACUGAAACGAGAUUUCAAGAUCUUCGAGUACUUCCGCAGAGACACAGAGAAGCGGGACUUUGUCUCUGCAGGGGCCGCGGCCGGAGUGUCAGCGGCGUUUGGAGCCCCCGUGGGUGGGGUCCUGUUCAGCCUGGAGGAGGGCGCAUCCUUCUGGAACCAGUUCUUGACCUGGAGGAUCUUCUUUGCUUCCAUGAUCUCCACGUUCACUCUGAAUUUUGUUCUGAGCAUUUACCAUGGGAACAUGUGGGACCUGUCCAGCCCGGGCCUCAUCAACUUCGGAAGGUUUGACUCGGAGGCAGGGGCCAGGCCUGCUCAAAACACCCAGCGUGUUUCCCUCCUUUGGACUUCUGCGGCCUGCGUGGAAGGGCGGGAAGGCGCUCUGGCUACAGCUCUCUUACGAUGGCGGUCCCUGAGUUUCAGCAGAAGAGCUGUGGGCCUUUUCCGUCACAUCCUCUGCCUUCUCCCUCUCUCUGCGCAGAAAAUGGCCUACACGAUCCACGAGAUCCCUGUCUUCAUCGCCAUGGGUGUGGUGGGUGGUGUGCUCGGAGCUGUGUUCAACGCCUUGAACUACUGGCUGACUAUGUUUCGAAUCAGGUACAUCCACCGGCCCUGCCUGCAGGUGGUCGAGGCCAUGCUGGUGGCCGCCGUCACGGCCACGGUCGCCUUCGUGCUGAUCUACUCGUCGCGGGACUGCCAGCCCCUGCAGGGGGGCUCCAUGUCCUACCCGCUGCAGCUCUUCUGUGCAGAUGGUGAGUACAACUCCAUGGCCGCGGCCUUCUUCAAUACCCCGGAGAAGAGCGUGGUGAGCCUCUUCCACGACCCGCCAGGCUCCUACAACCCCCUGACCCUCGGCCUGUUCACACUGGUCUACUUCUUCCUGGCCUGCUGGACCUACGGGCUCACUGUGUCCGCUGGCGUCUUCAUCCCAUCCCUGCUCAUCGGGGCUGCCUGGGGCCGGCUCUUUGGGAUCUCCCUGUCCUACCUCACGGGGGCAGCGAUCUGGGCGGACCCUGGCAAAUACGCCCUGAUGGGAGCUGCGGCCCAGCUGGGCGGGAUCGUGCGGAUGACCCUGAGCCUGACGGUCAUCAUGAUGGAGGCCACCAGCAACGUGACCUACGGCUUCCCCAUCAUGCUGGUGCUCAUGACCGCCAAGAUCGUGGGCGACGUCUUCAUUGAGGGCCUGUACGACAUGCACAUUCAGUUGCAGAGUGUGCCCUUCCUGCACUGGGAGGCCCCGGUCACCUCGCACUCUCUCACUGCCAGGGAGGUGAUGAGCACGCCAGUGACCUGCCUGAGGCGGCGUGAGAAGGUCGGCGUCAUUGUGGACGUGCUGAGCGACACGGCGUCCAAUCACAAUGGCUUCCCCGUGGUGGAGCAUGCUGAUGACACCCAGCCUGCCCGACUCCAGGGCCUGAUCCUGCGCUCCCAGCUCAUCGUCCUCCUAAAGCACAAGGUGUUUGUGGAGCGGUCCAACAUGGGCCUGGUGCAGCGGCGCCUGAGGCUGAAGGACUUCCGCGACGCCUACCCGCGCUUCCCGCCCAUUCAGUCCAUCCACGUGUCCCAGGACGAGCGGGAGUGCACCAUGGACCUCUCCGAGUUCAUGAACCCCUCUCCCUACACGGUGCCCCAGGAGGCAUCGCUCCCCCGGGUGUUCAAGCUGUUCCGGGCCCUGGGCCUGCGGCACCUGGUGGUGGUGGACAAUCGCAAUCAGGUUGUCGGGUUGGUGACCAGGAAGGACCUAGCCAGGUACCGCCUGGGGAAGGGAGGCUUGGAGGAACUCUCGCUGGCCCAGACGUGAGACCCAGCCCUGCCCAUGGUGGGCACCAGUGCUGGCACCCCGGCCCCUCCGCACUUCCUCCCGGAGUCACUGGUCUCUCUGGCCAAACCAUGCUCCCCAGCAGUGGUGAUGGCGAGCAUCCUGCAGCUGGGCGGGCAGGCGGCGGGCACAGAACUGACCCUCUCAUGGGACUGACCCUGUGUGGGCAGUGGCCUCCUCCCUUGGUACCUCCUUGUGCGCGCCCAGUCUCCGCUCUCCUCGUCUCGGUUUCUUUAUCUCCAGGGAUCAGCUGUGUGUGUGUGACCGCCCCACUGGGCUGUCAGCCUCUUGGGAGCCAGCGGCAGGGCCGGUACCUGCGUGCCUGUGCCCGCGUGUGUGAGACAGAGCCCUCGACCCUGCUGCUGCCCCGAGGGCUGCCUGCCCUGGAAGGGCCCCUCUGCCUCCACACCUGUGGAAUCUUCGAGACUUGGGAGCUGGCCUGGCCCCUCAGCCACAGGCUUGGCCUCGUUUUCAGCCGUGAGCAGACAGCCUGUGGUCCCUGGGCCUGAGCCAUGGACUCGUAGCGCCAGGGUUUGACCGCCCCAGAGAGCAAUCUCGCGGUGGCGCCAGAGGAGCCCGGUGCACUCCCCAGCCGGCAUCCGUCUUGGGUACACAGGCCCAGAGGACUGCUGUGGGGUCGAGAGCUGAGGGGAACCACCAAGGCCCUGAGCCCCACGCCCAGCCCUGCUUUGGUCCCUGAGCCUCAGAGCAGUGGAGUUGCCGCCCUGUGGACCCUGGCUGGGAAGGCAGUCUUCCCCUAGCACGUGGGGACCCCGGCCUCGGGGGUGGCCUCCCUACCCAGCCCCUGCCGGCCACCAAGUGCAAGUGCAGCAGGGGCCUCAGAGGACACCUGGCCCAGCACAGGGCUAGAAGGGCCGGUGGGCACCGGAGCCGAGAAGCCCCCACCUGCCCACCUGUGGGCCCCUCGGAGGCUCCUCCAGCCAGCCUGGCUGGACCCCGUCUCACACGGCAACUUCCGUGUCCCUGUUAGAGCCACAUGGGUCCCUCCAUGGGGGGCUGGGGGCGGCUCCCUGCUGUGUAUUUCCUCCCCAGGGAGUGGGGCCUGCCCAGGAGCUGACGCCACACCCCCUGCUUAGCCCUCACGGAGCCCCAAGGCGUCUGAGUGCGUGAAAUAAAGAAAUCCUCUCAGCCCGC